UUUUCAAUGGUAUUUGGAAGAAAUACAUCAUGGAUGAGAUGCAGAUACUCCGAGGAGGAGGAGGAGGAGGAAGAGGAGGAGGAGAGAGUUGAUAAGAAGCAUAACAGAUAACGUUGCUAUAAAGAUAUGAAACCAGCAUUAUUGCAAACGGUUUUGUUCUAUCGACGUUGUAUACAACCGUUAAUUUGGAAUAUUACAAAGAGCCCUUGUUCUUUCAAUCCUAAGCGUUGUUUAAGUUCAAGGUUUGUUGACCGUGUUCGUGUUGUAGUUUCUGGAGGUAACGGAGGUCCAGGGCUAUCGAGUUUUACUAGAGAUCGUGAUCAUGAGUGUGGUGCUCCUGAUGGUGGAAGUGGAGGAAGAGGUGGCAAUGUUUAUGUAGAGUGUCGAAUGGAUUGCAAAAGUCUUCCAAGUUCUCAGAAGAGGUUUCGUGGUGAGUUGGGGGGAUCUGGAGGACGUUUUUGUACUGAUGGAGCUCGUGGAGAGGAUUGCGUCAUUCCUGUUCCUUGUGGAACUCUAGUGAAAGCCAUUUUCCAACAGGAAGAGAAUGUAUUAUUGGAAGAAGAUAAGGAUGAUGAUUCUCUUUAUUUUACUAGAAGCGGUAUAGCUGUAUUGGGGGAUUUGAAUCAGGAUGGCGAACGAAUAUUAGUAGCUGCCGGUGGGAAAGGUGGAAGAGGCAAUCAUUCUUUUCAUCAUUCGAGGAAGAAGCCAAUAGACUUUUUUGAAGAAGGCUUUGCGGGUCAGACUCGUUUGCUUGAGUUGGAGUUGAAGUCCAUUGCAGAUGUUGGUUUAGUUGGUUUUCCAAAUGCUGGAAAGAGUUCUCUUUUACGCGCCAUAUCUCGAGCAAAGCCCAAGGUAGCUCCUUAUCCUUUUACCACGUUACGUCCUUAUCUUGGUGUAGUACAAGGUAAUAAUGAUACCUUUACUUGUGCAGAUAUUCCCGGUUUAGUAGAAGGCGCUUAUCAAAAUCGAGGACUUGGACAUGAUUUUUUAAGACAUAUUGAACGCACCUCCAUAUUACUUUAUGUGAUAGAUAUUAGUGGAUACGAAGAUUUAGAUGUUGCGUCCACUUUUCAUAUAUUAAGAAGGGAAUUGGAAAUGUAUAAUUCCAGUCUAGUGCAACGCCCUUUUGUUAUUGUAUUGAAUAAGAUGGACCUCAUCCAAGACAAUCGAAAGUUACUUGAGAUAUGUGAAAACUUUGUUCAGUUGAUGUCGGAUGAUAUUCCAAUAUUUCCCGUUUCUGCAGAAGAAAAGUUGGGCUUAUCUGAUUUGGUACUUUAUUUGCAUGAAAUGGUUGUUCGAGUAGGAAAGAGGUCUCGAUUGAGUUCAUCAGAAUUAGAGUUUGAAAGACUCCUUGAGGAAGAAGUUAUGCAAGAAGAAAGGGAACCAUAAAGAAAGACUCGUGGAGUCAUUUUUAGAUAUAUUGAAUUGAAACAAACAUGGACCCUCCUUUUCUUAUCCGAAAAACUUUUAUAAGCUGGUUCCUUUUUUUUUUUAA